CGUCAUGACCGGUCACUACAGCAUUACAGCCAUUACAGCUGCCAACAGCUGCCAUCGCUGCCGUUUUCAUUGGAUCGAUAUCAGUGAAGAAAUGUGCGAUCUGUGAGGUUGUGAGUUGUAUGAGGUGUAUUUAGGCCGGUGGUAUGCGGUACUGAAGUUCCCGAGUUGUUUAGUUUUCAUCGACGUCUAAUUUAGUAAUUGUACAGAAAGCGCUGUAAAUAUGGGGAAAUUGAAUGUUACAAUUUUGCGUUAUUUAACCAAGGAGGAUUUCAGAGUUUUGACAGCAAUUGAAAUGGGCAUGAAAAACCAUGAACUUGUGCCAGGAUCUCUUGCCGCAUCUAUAGCAAACCUUCAACAUGGUGGUGUUCAUAAACUCCUAAAAGAAUUAUGUAAGCAUAGACUCCUCUCAUACGAACGUGGGAAACAUUAUGAUGGUUACAGAUUAACUAAUGCUGGUUAUGACUAUUUGGCACUGAAGACUUUGACAUCAAGAAAUGUUGUAACUUCAUUUGGCAACCAAAUUGGUGUUGGAAAGGAGUCUAAUAUUUAUAUUGUCGCCAAUGAAGAAGGCCAACCCCUUUGCUUAAAACUGCACAGGCUUGGUCGUACAUGUUUUCGUAAUUUGAAAGAGAAACGUGACUAUCAUCAGCACCGGCAUGCUGUCUCUUGGUUGUACCUGUCUCGUAUCUCAGCAACCAAGGAAUUUGCAUACAUGAAAGCUUUGCAUGACCAUGGCUUUCCUGUUCCUAAACCUCUUGAUUUCAACAGACACUGUGUCAUCAUGGAACUUGUAGAAGGAAGACCUCUUUGUCAGAUGUAUGAAGUUGCAGAUGUAGAGUCACUCUAUGAUGAAUUAAUGGAUUUGAUUGUGAGACUUGGAAAUCAUGGUGUGAUCCAUGGAGAUUUUAAUGAAUUCAACCUUAUGAUAACAAAUGAAGGCAACCCAGUUGUUAUAGAUUUUCCACAAAUGAUGUCUACUUCACAUCCUAAUGCUGAGAUGUUUUUUGAUAGAGAUGUGAAUUGCAUUCGUAAUUUCUUCAAGAGGCGAUUUGGGUAUGAAAGCAGCUUACAUCCAACAUUUAGUGAUGUGAUGAGGGAAGAUAAUUUGGAUGUGGAAGUAUCGGCCAGUGGCAUCACAUGCCAGAUGGAAAGAGAUCUGAAUAUUGAAAUGGGAAUCGAAAAAGAUGAUGACGAUAGUGGAAGUGAGGAAGUGGAGAAGGAAUUAGAAACAGUAACUAAAGGUUCAGAAGUUGAAUAUUUAAGAAAGAAAGUAGAAGAUAUGUUAACUAAUGAAUUUCACUCUGAAGAUCAGAACAAAUGUUGUGAAGAACCUAGUAUUAAUAUUAAUUCAGAAUCUGGCGCAGACAGGUGGAAUCUGGAUGUGGUUGCAACAAAGGGUGAUUCUAUUAACAGUGAGAUGUUGCAGGCUGAAGAAACUGUGAAGGUGGAAAGAAAUUCUCAUUGCUUGGCUGGUGAAUUAAAUUGUGUAGAAGAAUGUACACAUGGAAGGGUUCGAUUGUAUAGCAAUACAUGUAGCAUACGCAGCACCUCCACAGCAGCCACCAUAGCUCCGGAAGAGAUUCGUAGCCGGGUGAAAAAGUCUUUAGUGCGACGUGAGAAAUCUGCCCAGAAAAAGAGAAUUACAGUGAAGGGAGAAGCCAGCGCAGUAACACGAUCACGAAGGGAGAAUAUGGAUACCAUCAAACAGUGUGAUGGCAUCUGGACUUGGGAGUAAGAAGAACGUAUGAAAAUUAUGUACAUGUACCUAUAAUACAAGGUGGUUCGAAUAUGACCGGGACUGUUUUUUUUUUUAAACCAAAAUUGCCAAACACUUACUUGCACAUGUCAGUCUUCAAUGUACU